AUGGCUAACGAUACUGCUCACAGGAAGUACCGCCGAUCUGCUUCAGAUGAGGAGGACGAUCGAUCUUCGAAGCGUCACAAACACCGUCACCAUCGCCGCCACCACAGACAUCGUCACAGCAGCAAUAAGAAUGAAGAAGAAAGCUGCCGUGACCAGGAGGACAGUGUUCCUCCUGUUGCUAAUCGUUGGUCUCGACCCCAAGAUGACGUCGAGGAAGGUGAAAUUCUCGAGGAGGAUGAGUCCGGCGUUCGCGAGAAUGAGAGCGCGAUGAAGGAGGCGGAUAUGGAAUUUGGGGAACUUGAAGCUGAUAAAAAUUCUGAUAGAAUUGGCCGACCCACUAAGGAGUGUCAUUCGGUGGAUGAAUCAUCUAAUAUCGAGGCUAAUUCAACUGUGAAGGAGGGAGCAGUAAACAGUCCUCAGGAUCAGAAAACCUCGAAAGUGGACAGUAAGUUCUAUAAUUUAGAUAAGGAUAAAGGUGGCUCUUAUCUAAAAAAAGACAGAGACAAGGAAAUCAGGAUGCUCGAUCAAACCAAGUCUGACUGUAAGCAUGGCAAUGAUGUUAGCUUUUCCAUAAGUGAAAUGACUGGAAUUAAAUACAAUGAUCUUGAAUGUUGCCGAGAGGAUCAUCUCAAAGAUGGUUAUGAUCAUAAAUCUAUGGAGUUAGAUGAGAGGCAGAACAAACAAAUGUUGUCUCCUUCCAAAGGGGGUAUUAAGAAAAUAAGCAACAAUGACCAUGGAAAGGUGGCAACAGAUGGAAGCACCUUGAGUUAUUUGAAAAGGCCACAGUUAGAAAGGGCAGAAGACAAGUCUCAGGAUUUGACGCCAUCAACAUCUCUUGAUCGAUUCAUUGACACAUCAGAUUGCAGGAGUAGAUCAAGGUCAAAUUGUCAUUCUAGGGGGCAAUCUCAUUCUCGUGAAACAGUAGAAGAGGAGGCAGAGUCAAGGAGAAGACAUCAUCAUGGUUGGGAUCACCCAAUAUUUGAUGAUAAAAGUAAAAUUCAUAAUGACUUGGACGACGGUUAUACUGAUCGUGCUAGAAAAGAAGGAAGGCAACAAAGCAGGGAUACGAAGGACAGACGGAGAAGUAAGACGGAGGUGGAUAGGGACUG